AUGUUACACCCAACCAACGAGUCGACUGCAGAAUAUACCUCGAAAACACUAAAAGAGCAAAAGCUUAACUACUACUCAUUUAUAAACGCAACUCGGAAUAUCAAUGAUACCAUCUUCACCAUUCAAGGGAAAGAUAAGGUACCCAAAUGGUCAUUCAGUACAGGCAUUUUUGCAAACAAGGCGCAAGAUAUGGGUUACCAAGAUUGUCGCGAGAUUGCAAAGUAUAAGAAAAGACCCAUCACAAUUAUUGAGACUGAGCCAGUUGUUGAAGAGCCAAAACCAAUGAAGAAGAAGCCCAAAAAACUGAAAAUGAAGCCAGAGGCGCCACCAGAAUGGUUGUUGGAUUCUUCCUCAAGUGAGGAUGAAAGUGACAUAGGAGAGAAAGAAAUGAACCUCACUGGCUCUGAGUCGGAUGAAGAUAGUGAUGUGUCUGAAAAUGAGGGAAAGCUUUGGUUUUUGGGUCUCAGCAGUAUCGACAAGGUCAAUGAAGGUAAGAUUCCUUUGAUUCAAGAGGAUGCUUUGGUUACAAAAGUAGGAAAGAACUACCCUGGUUUGUAUUUUCAUCGCCGUGCUUCUCUUGAAAACUAUACAUAUCCCUUUCACUUGCAUAGAAAUCACCAAACCCAUGAAAAGAGAAGAUACACAGAUAAUGAUUAUUUGGACGAGGCAGAUGAUUUUCAGAGAGAAGAGGAUAAAUUUAAAGACAAAAUUGCUGGUAACUUUGAAAUCUGGCAAGUGAAAUUAAAUGCAAGAAAUGCAAGCAGCGAAACCGAAGGUACAGACAACUCGACCUCCACCAGUAUUUCAUUUAACGAAUUGUCACAUGUGCAUACCUACAGUGAGUCUAAAGCGUCUCGUUUAUGGUGUAUAUUAGGUUUAUACUGCUUUUGA